CACAUACACAUCCACCACACGGCGUGCUAGAGACCAAAGUUCUGAGCCUAAUCCGCGGCUGUCCGGUUGUCGCAGUCCGGCGUCCACGUCGCUGCUCAGUCGCCGUCACGCCACUCGCGGGGUACCUAUCGUAAACCGCGUGUGAUUUUAUUGUGAUUCGUAACAAAAACAAGGUGACCCGUCGACUGUACGCCGCGCGCUUGUUGCCGGUGCCUUACCGCGAUACACAAUUAUUACACAAAAUAAUCUGAUAUCAUCGUCACGGACAUCACACACGACAGUUGGUUUUACGUCUUAUUAAAUCGUUUCGCGUGUAACUCGGGCGGCACGAUCGCGUUUUUCGUUUAAACCGACGUAACGUCGUGCACCGCAAUCGGUUUGAUUUUAGUCCGUUGAUUCCAGUGAGUCGCAUUGUCGUCGUCGUUCACCCGCUGAACACGGAACGCACCACCCGCGCGUUGUCGUUUAAAAAUCCAUUCGACCGGUCACACGCGCCCAGUUCGAGUCCGCCUCCAUCCGCGUCAUCGCGAUGGCCAGACCGGUCGGAGGCCGCGACAACGUGGUGUCCAUAUCGGCGGCCGAGUCGCUGAAGAUGUUCGCCUUCUCCGUGGUGUGGGGCUCGUGGAUCGUCGUCAAGAACGCGGCGGCUCGGGCCGUCAGCCCGCUGUGGUCGAACGGCGGCGGCGGCGGCGGUGACGGCGGCCACAAGUACGACGUGGACGGCGACGGUAGAGAAGCAGGCGCCGGUGCUGUGGACGACGACGCCGUCGCCACCGAUACGGCCGUGGCCACUACCGGCGGUAAAGCCGCCCGCCGGGCGCCCCCCAGGGACCGUCCGCCGCCGUGUCUGUCCACCACGGUUUACGGUACCCACUCGUACGUCAAAGUCAAGGGCGUAAAAUUUCAUUACGUUGAAUGUGGCGACCCCAAAGGUAUGAUUGUUCUUUUACUGCAUGGAUUUCCAUCAUGUUGGAUAAGUUGGCAUCAUCAAAUUCCCACCUUGUCGAAACAUUUUCGUGUGAUAGCCGUAGAUUUAAAAGGUUUUGGUGACUCUGAUAAACCGUCAGCACGCAAGAGUUAUCGAGUAGAAAAUCUGGUCAACGAGCUAGCUGUGUUUUUGUCAAUGCUGGGAGUGGACGACUGUAAUAAAUGCCACGUGAUUGGUCACGACUUGGGCGCUCUAUUGGGUUGGUAUCUGGUACAUCUAUGGCCAAACUGUGUUUCAAAAUUUGUAGCGAUUUCAUGUCCACAUCCAAAUGUUCACUGGGAGUACUUACCUUCGUCAAGUUUUUUUAACAAAAAUUGGAUUUGCUUCAGUCAGCUUCCUUAUUUACCAGAAAUGGAUGCUUUGCAAAAUGAUCUCAAAAUAAUAAAUCAGUGUUAUCAACACCUAUCUAAAACUAAUCAAAGCGAUGACUUAUCUUACAUCGAUGCAUAUAAAUAUACAUUUUCAAGAACAGAGGAUUGGACAGGUGCAAUAAAUUAUUUUAGAAACUUACCGUUCUACAGAAUUGAGCCUCGGAAUACCUGUAGGAAUGAUUCUUUAAAUAAAGAAGAAGACAUGCUACAAGUUCCGUGUUUGCUUAUCACUGGCAGUAAAGAUGUAAGUGUGCGAAUGGAGAGUUUUAUCAAAUCUACUGAGUUUCUUAAAACAUCUACUGUGAGAAUAAUUGAUAACGCAUCGCACUUUCCCCAUCAAGAGCAACCUAAAGUAGUCAAUGAUCUAUUAAUAUCAUACUUAAUUCGUGUAAAAGUAAUUCAAAAAGAGCUUUCAUCACAGAACUUUGGUGGUAUAGUUGGACGAAUGAGAGAUAUUGUUUCGUCUACUGUUCAGUAUGGUAAUACAUUGAAAGAUUCAGUGCAAAAGAGAAACAUAUUACCAACCACAGUAAUGACAUCAUUGCAGAACUAAUCGUCUUGCAUUCAAAACAACAAUGUCCAUAUUGAUGUAAAUGUAUUUAUUGUAUUAAAAUAAUAAUAACAACAAGA